CUGGAGCUCCGCAGCGCGCCAUCGCUUAGCAUACAACACAAUCGCAGCCAGUUAGCGCGUCGCUGCCGGUCGGGAAUGGCGUAAAAUAUUUUUGUUGUAAAAAGCACAAAAUGUCAAAAUAGUUCUCUGCUGUUUUUUUGUUUUUGAAUUGAGUUGUACAAAAUUGGCAAUUUCACCAACAGUUGGUGUUCUAUACACGUUCGCCGAGGCAACGCGCAUCUAUUUGGUAUGAGACGAAGUAAACAAACGGCUGGAGAAAGAAAGUGAAAUAGCCGCGACAUUUUAUGCAGAAAAGUUAAAUUAAAAGAAAUUUUAUUAAAAAGACGCGGAAAGUAAAAAUGUCAUCUUGGCGAGCUGCGAUAUUGUUCUUCUUCUUGAUCGCACUGUUGAGUUUUGAAUUCGUCUCACCUUGGAUGAAUUUCAACAGUUAUGUGUCGAAGAAGCGCACCGAUUUGAAAAAACGUUGUCCGAAUGUUCGUGCCAUACGGAAUUUUGAUCUGGAAUCGAUGAUGGGAUUCUGGUAUGUUGUCCAGUAUUAUGCAUCGACUGAAGAGUUGCCAGAAUAUGCCUGCAUGCAAAGCGAUUUUACAUUCUCCGCCGAGGAUCAACAUAUAACCAUGAAUUUUAGUUAUAUUUUCGCCGAAGAUCCAUUGCGUGAGAAAUUACAAGGCAACAUUACCUGGUAUAUACCCGAUUUCGAAACACCGGCGCACUGGAUGCACACCGAGGAUAUUUAUGAGGGCAUCUACAAUACUUACGUCAUCGAUACAGACUACAAAUCGUGGAGCCUAGUAAUGCAUUGUGCGGAAAAGAAAAAAUCACCGCGUUACUUAUCAGCGUUGUUGUUGUCGCGAGAACCGCAACUCGGCGAUAAUGUCAUAAACUUCUUGAGGGAAAAGCUACCUCGCUACGAUAUAGACUUGUCGUUUAUGUUUCCGAUUAAUCAGACGUGCCACAAUUUAAUGGAAUCUGUUAAUGACGAUCCUCUUGCUUAUAUACUAAACGAAGAGAAGGAAGAAGAGGAGUCGACGAAUAAAGUCAAACUUAUUUUAAAAACAUAAGCCAAUCUCAAAACAAAAAAAUGUUUAUAAUACUAAAAUUGUAUGUAGACAUAAAAGUAUUCAAUAAAUUUUAUAAUUAA